AGUACCUUUCGGUCCUUUCCCUUCGACUCUCCGAUUAACGCCGUUUUACUUUGCCUCUCUGAUAACAUUUUUUUUUUUUGGGGUCAAAUUUCAUAGCCCGUUUUCAGAGAGAAGUUGGUCUGAGUUCAUGGACGACAGGCUUAAUUCAGUAGAAAUGGAAAAUGCGUUUGACCCCGAGUUCACACUAGCUGAGAUUGUGGAAAUGGAAAACUUGUACAAGGAAAUGGGAGGGAAAUCCCUUAACCAACAGUUCUAUCAGGAACUCGCUACCAAGUUCAGCACCUCAGUUCAUCGAUGUGGCAAAUCUUCAAUAGGAUGCGAACAGGUGCAAAGCUGGUUUGGUGAUCUAGAGAAAGAAUUGGAAGCUAAAGUUUCUUCCUUUCGCCGGAAAGUUGAGAAAUCUGUUGGUCCUACCAAGUUAGCAAUGAAUAAAAGUGAAGUUCAAAAACCUUCAUUUGUUAAGAGUGAAGAAAUUGAUGCUUCCAUGCCUGCAGAAGUCCCAAACUUUGCGGAUGAAAAUUCUCAAAAGCCCAAAGGUGUUAGUGUUGCAGAGCUUUCAGAGUUGGUUUUUGAGGCUAGAUCCUCAAAGGAUCUUGCUUGGUAUGAUGUUGCUUCUUUCCUCAAUUACAGAGUUACAAGUACAGGAGAGCUCGAAGUUCGUGUACGAUAUGUUGGUUAUGAUAAAGACCAAGAUGAGUGGUUGAAUGUGAAACGAUCUGUACGUGAACGUUCUAUUCCUUUAGAGCCUUCAGAAUGUGACAGAGUGAAGGUUGGGGACCUGGUCUUGUGCUUCAGGGAAAAUGAAGAUGAUGCUGUAUAUUGUGAUGCACGAGUAGUGGAUAUCCAAAGAAUAGCUCAUGAUAGUGAUUGCUGCUGUUGCAUAUUUCUCGUUCGUUAUGACCUAGAUUUUUUUGAGGACCAAGUUCAGCUAAAGAAAUUGUGUUGCAGGCCAGCAACAUAACAUAAUGGAUCAAGUAGCCUGAAUUAUCUCUUCAACGUCAUCUACUUUGUCCUGAAGAAAUUUUAGCAAAUGCAGUUUAUUGUGGGUAUUAGAAUUAGAUUGUAGACAAUUGCUCUGCAAAUGGGGGUAAAUAGAUGAUUGUCUUAAACUGGUGGCGCUCUGAAGCAGCCUAAGCUUUGUGCCAUAGUUGGGAUUUCAGGAUAUUAACCUGUAGAUGUGGUGCUGAAGUGAUUGUAUAUCUGCUUAUCUCGAAAUUCUUCUGAGCUUAAGUGGGCUUAAUUUCGUGCAAGAAACAGAAUGCACAUUGAUCAUUUGACCAAAUAUAAAUCCUCUGCAGCUGCAGCUUUUGAAAUGGAA